UUUAUAGCGUCAUUUAGGCUGUUGUUGUAAAUUGUUGUUCAUAGUGCGUAAAUAUCGUUUACUUUUCUGAGAGAGUAGCUGUAAACGGAAGGCACAAUGCCAUCUAUAGAUGUAAUGCUACCACCGGGGCAGCCGUUGGAGAUCCCGGAAGAUCCGCCUCCACCACCCCCUCCAGUCAUUGGCAUUAUUUAUCCACCACCUGAAGUCAGAAAUAUUGUCGAUAAAACUGCCAGCUUUGUGGCUCGUAAUGGUCCUGAAUUUGAAGCUAGGAUCAGACAGAAUGAACUGGGCAACCCAAAGUUCAACUUCCUUAAUUCAGGGGAUCCCUACCAUGCUUACUAUCAGCAUAAAGUCAGAGAGAUCAAAGAGGGAAAAGUUCCCGAACCAACUGCACCACCAACUAUGCCAUCAGGACAGCAACGAAUGGGUCUCGCUCCAGCCACAGCGGCCCGCCAGCAGGAGCUCCUCAAGGCGGCUGCUCCUGCAGAACUGCCUCCGCCGCGCGACCCCCCUCCAGAUUUCGAAUUUAUCGCUGAUCCACCGUCUAUAUCGGCUCUGGAACUCGACAUAGUGAAGUUAACCGCGCAAUUUGUCGCCAGAAACGGUCGUCAGUUCUUAACGGAUUUAAUGAAGAAAGAGGAGCGUAAUCAUCAGUUUGAUUUUCUUCGUCCCCAGCAUUCACUGUUCCAAUACUUCACGCGUCUGCUUGAGCAGUACACGAAGGUGCUGCUUCCGCCAAAAGAACUAGUAUCGAAGCUGAAUGCUGAGAUACGCAGCGGGAUAUUAGAACAAGCCCGCAGUCGCGCUGCCUGGCACGCGCACCAGGCCAAGCGCAAGGCCGCUGACGAGGCCAAAAUUGAGAAAGAGAGGCUCGCGUAUGCCUCCAUAGACUGGCACGAUUUUGUCGUUGUUGAAACUGUAGAUUACCCCGCAGGGGAACCCGGAGACUUCCCUCCUCCGACCACUCCACUAGAAGUCGGAGCCCGCGUCCUCGCCCAAGAGAGGGGUGAAGAUAUAAUACGGAACCAGAAUGACGACGAUGAUACUGAGAUGCAAAUUGAAUCCGAAUCGGAAUCGGAGUCUGAUGAGGAACUUGCGGAAAUGGAGGAUCGAACUCAGUCCCAUCGGCCGGACGAUAACCGCGUGCAAGACAUGGAAGAGGAAAGCUCGACUUCGGAGUCCGAGACGGAGCAGGACGCCCCGCGCGCGGACGAGGCGCCCCUGCCGCCGCGCCCCGACCGCGUCGUCGUCAAGAAGUACAACCCUAAAGAGGCCAAGCCGCGCGCCGCCGCCGGGGACGAGUGGCUCGUGUCGCCCAUCACCGGCGAGAAGAUCCCCGCCAGCAAGGUGGCCGAGCACGUGCGCAUCGGGCUGCUGGACCCGCGCUGGCUGGAGCAGCGGGACCGCGCCGCCGCCGAGCGCACCGACCGGGACGAGGCGCUCGCCCCCGGGGCCGCCAUCGAGGCUUCGCUUAAACAGUUGGCGGAGCGUCGUACUGACAUCUUCGGUGUAGGGGACGAGGAAACGACCAUCGGUAAGAAGAUCGGCGAGGAGGAGAAGAAGCGCGACGAGCGCGUGACGUGGGACGGGCACACCUCCAGCGUGGAGGCCGCCACCCGCGCCGCCAGGGCGCACAUCACGCUCGAGGACCAGAUCCAGCAGAUACACAAGGUUAAAGGUCUACUCCCCGACGAGGAGAAAGAGAAAAUAGGUCCGAAGCCAGUGACCGGGGCAGCCCAGAGCCGGGCGGGGCGUCCCCCCGCGCCCCCCUCUGCCCCCCGCGCUGCUCCGCCUCCCCCGCCCCCGGCACCGCCUGUGCUGCUGCAGCCGAUGUCCUCGCUAAUGGUCCUGCCCCCCAUGGCGCCCCGACCUCCGCUCAUACCGGCUCCAGUGGGUGCAGUGCCACCGCCGGCGUUCAACUUCGGAGCGGUAGUCCCUCCCGGCACAGUGGCGGAGCCCGAGGACGAGGGCCCGGCCGCUAAGAGAGCCCGCACCGAGGACGCGCUGGAGCCCGAGGGCGCCUGGCUCGCGCGCCACCCCGGCGCUGUCCCCCUGCAGGUGUCGUUGCCGGCGGCGCCUGAGCGAGCGGAGUGGCGGCUGGACGGGCGCGCGGUGCCGCUGACGCUGCCGCUGUCGGCCGCCGUCGCCGAGCUCAAGGCGAUGCUGCAGCGCGCCACCAACAUGCCCACCGCCAAGCAGAAGCUGCACUACGAGGGUCUGUUCUUCAAGGAUACUAACAGCUUGGCGUACUACAACGUGCCUCCGGGCGCCGUCAUACAGCUACAGAUCAAGGAACGAGGCGGUAGAAAGAAAUAAUACAAAAAAAUACUAUACAAGUUCAUGUUUUGGGAACUGCGAAACGCGUAGGAAGAAUUAUUACAGAAUUUACAUCAGAAUAUUGAUAUUCAGUGAAUAGUUUGUUACGUUAGUCGUGAUAAAAAAAUAUUCGUUGAAAUUUAUCUAAUGGCGGGGAAAAUUAAAUAUUUA